AUUCGCAGGAAGAGCCACCAAGUGCCUGGGAGGAGAACUCCUCUUGGUGCUGUUGGUUUGGGAGGAUUCUAUUUCCAGGGAUGCCAACAGAACAUGACCACAGCUCAUGGACCCCCUUCGGACGAGAACAACCCUGAUCCGGGCUGUUCAGGACAGAAUAGCAAUCGUUCUUUGGAGUCGAAAUCAUCAUCCAACCCUAAUGUUUCCAUUAAGGGCAAAGGUCGCCAAGGCAAGUCUGUCCGACUUAACAUCAACGCCAGGGAAAGAAGAAGGAUGCAUGAUUUGAACGAUGCUCUUGAUGAAUUAAGGGCUGUCAUACCUUACGCGCAUUCCCCUUCAGUUAGGAAACUGUCCAAAAUUGCUACGUUGUUGCUGGCUAAGAACUACAUCUUGAUGCAGGCCAACGCUUUGGAAGAAAUGAAGAGGCUGAUAGCGACCAUAUCAACAAAUUUAGGGAAAGAGAACGCGAUGGGAUAUUAA